AUGGUCGGUCGGGAUGGUCGGCCGGAUGAUCGGGUUGUGGUCGUGAUCAGAACGGUUGUGGCCGGAUGGUUCCUUGAUCGGCCGGGACGGUCGGACGGGAAAUGGAUUGGCCGAUGCUUUUCUCGGUCGGACGCGGGACGUAGCUUCCCGGCUCGGACGGCGCCAUCGGCCGUGGUACGCGAGUUAGCUUGCGCGGCCGCGAGGCUUUACUCCCCGGCUCGCGCAGCAUGGUCGUGCGCGGCGCGGCGUGGGCGGUUGUGGCGUGGCCGACCGCGGGACAUAGCUUCCCGGGUCGUGACGUUCGGUCGGGCGGAUGAAAUGAGUUUUUGCCGAGACUUCAGACGGACGGAAUCGGUUUUGGCCAAGCGCGGGACGUUCGUUUCUCGGCCAGCCGUUCUGCGUGGUUUGAGCGCUGAUUCUCGAUAG